AUGGUCUUAUUCGCCUUCUUGUUGAUCUGCAAUCUUGCAGCAGCCUCUCUGACCAUCACAAUCCCUCCCUCAACAAUCCUCCCAAAUCCUAAUUCCCUUUCCGCUUCCACUCAUGCCACCCUGACCACUCUCUCCUCCGGCAGCGACCACAUCAUCAAAGCACCACUUUCCCGCUCAUCAGCCUUGAAAUUCCCCGACCUAAUCCCCGGCCAUGCUGAGUCCUAUUUGCUGGAUAUCCGCUCGAGCGAGUACAUCUUCGCUCCCUACCGCGUCGACGUCGCUGCCGACGGGUCAGUCCUAGGUGUAUGGGAGACAUUCCGCGGAAAUACGUGGGAUAACCGCGGGCCAGAGAAAUAUGUCAUCGAUGUUGCUGCAGGACAGAAGCAGUCUGAUGUUGUGGUUGGUGCAAAAGUGUUGGGUCGGAGAGGAUUCUAUGAGGAACGAGCUAAAUUCUCUGUCCUGAGCCUUUUCAAGAAUCCUAUGAUUCUCAUGGCGGUCGUCGCCCUAGGAUUCACCUUUGGCAUGCCUUAUUUGAUGGAGAACCUGGACCCCGAAUUGAAAGCUGAAUUUGAACAACACUCUCGUACCUCGACUGUCGGUUCCGCUCAGAAUGCCUUGACCGGGAAUGGCUUCGAUCUGGCCGGGUGGAUGGCUGGUUCUACAUCCAGUCCCACGGCCAAGGUUGAGGAGGCACCUGGUGGUACGACAGGUCGGGAUAUUACUGCCUCUGCGCGGAAGCGUGGCUAG